AUGUUCCUACUGGGACUGUUGCUGCUGCCACUGCUGUUGCCAGCUUUGUCUUUCCAACAAGACCCCUCGGAGAGCAAGGUUGCCCUGGGAAGGAUGAUCCUUCCUGCCCUGGAGAAAGCUACCACAUUCAUGGAGAAGAGAUUCAGGGAGCUUAACUUGGAUGGAGUGCUGGGAUUCUGGGUACUGGAAGUACAAUUAAAAGGUACCCUGGAAAAAUGGGCUCAGGACCCUGCCAUGAAUCCCCUAAGCCUGAGAGUAGAGAAGAUAGUAAAGAAGUUGCUACCACUUAUCAACAGAGCCACUGUCUACCUCAAACUCAGUGAUGCUACUUACUUAAAAGAAUUCCAAGAGACUCUGCAGCCAGGGUUUUGGCAGCUCCCCCAUUUAUGGAGUCAUACAAACAUGUCCAUGAUCUACUCCAAGUAUGAGAACUCAGAUUCUUUUUCAGAAGGAUUAAGUGAUUCAUGUAUGACACUCUUACUGGGAACUAAGAAGGAGGGCUUGAAGCCCUGCACUGUCACUGACCUCUGCAGGGAACUCAUGACCAAACCUGGCUACGUGGGCUAUGCGCUGUCACACCAGCUCCUCUAUUUCCUGUUUGCCAAAAUGAAAGGAUGCUCAAAUGGUCUGUUCCUUCAGUCCAAAUACUACAUAGAUAUUUUGUGUGCUAACAUGAUGGAAUUGAACUUGGAAACUGAAGAAAGUGGAUUUCCAUUUCUUAAUCGAGAUAUCUUCAUGGAAAAUAUCAUGUUCUGCGGACUUUCUGGGUACUCAGAUUUCUACAAGGCUAGAUGGCUACAGGCUAUUCUCACCUGGCAGCGACCUGUGGAAGGAUGCUUUGGGAAGCCCUAUGACAAUAGAAAACAAUUACCCAGAAUUAGUGAAGAUGAACAACAGUCAUUGAGAAGAGUUAAGAGGAGAGAGAAAGGAUUUGCAGAUGGGUGUUCUUCCCACAAUACAGCUGUGGCAGUUGCAGCCUUGGGUGGCUUCCUUUAUCACUCUGCAGAACACUCACCAAUCACCAAGCCUCAUUAAUGCCUCACAACAAUCAAGCAGAAACUAAAAAGGAUGAUUCUCUACCUGCUAAAAAUGAAACAUGGCUUACAUAAAUUCACAGGGAGAACAAUAGAAAAGUACAGGCAAGAUACUCCUGAAAAAACCAGUGUAAAGGGAAAUUGGGGUUAGCAGAACUAGGAGAAGGAUAAAAAGGAAAAGAGUAUUAACUUUGUCUAUCAAAACCGAUCACCUUGACUAGUGUCCAAAAAUAAUUUCUUUUAAUUUAACCAACACUGUCAUAUCCUAUAGGCAGACAACUGUGGUAGGAUAUAGAGGCAAAAAACGAUGAAUAAAUG